AGCAUGGCGGCGGAGCAGCAGACGAGGGUUAAGGGCGCCAGCGGGGGCAACAGGUUCGCCGCGGCGUGCGGCCUGCUGCACCAGUACCAGUACAUGAUGGGCCAGGGGAGCGGCAGGGGAGCGGCCAUGGCGACCAUGGGCCUCAUGCCGGGCGCCGACGGUGUCGAGGCGGAGCAUGUGACGCCGGAGGAGAGGAUCAAGAACACCAUGGAGCUCCUGCUCUUCCCCCAGCGGCCCGGCACUCUCAUGGACAACUCGCAUCAAAGGAUCUUGGAGCCCGAGAGAGCGCAGCUGACCAUCUUCUACGACGGGAGGACCUUCGUGCUCGACGAUUUCCCUGCCGACAAGGCCGACCAACUGAUGCAGCUCGCCGGCUCCUUCGCCGCGCCGGCCGCCUCCGACGAUGAGCUCGUCUGCCCGAACAUGCCGACGCAGCAUUUCCUGGGAGGUAUACCUGCACUGCAGAACCUGUGCGUUUGUUCAGGCAUGCCCAGGAAGGCCUCGCUCCAGAGGUUCCUCGAGCAGAGGAAGAGCAGGAUCGGCGCGGCAGACCCGUACCUGGUGGCACCGGCUCGGGCGGCAAAGGAGACGGCCAAGCCUGUGGCUAUGGGAGACGGUGGCGCGCCGUGGCUCAGCGUCAUCUCCGGGCUGAACCUCAACUGA